CACGGUUCACAUCCACGAGGUUUGGCCAGAAGGUGCUGGCAAUGGCUACAGCGACAUAUCCACCACCACCACCGUAUUAUAAGCUCUACAAAGAUUACUUGCAAGAUCCCAAAUCAGCUCCGGAGCCGCCCUCUCCGAUUUAAGGGACAUGCAUUUGUUAUGACUGAUGACAUUCUUCCGAGCUUGGAAGAUCAGGGAGUGCAUCAACUGUAUCCAAAAGGCCCAAACAUUGAUUUUAAGAAGGAACUGAGGUCACUUAACAGAGAAUUGCAGCUGCACAUUUUGGAGCUGGCUGAUAUUCUUGUAGAGAGACCAUCACAGUACGCGAGGAGAGUGGAAGAUAUAUCUCUUAUCUUCAAGAACUUGCAUCAUCUUCUCAACUCAUUGCGUCCCCAUCAAGCUAGGGCAACGUUAAUUCACAUUCUAGAACUUCAGAUACAACGUCGUAAACAAGCUGUGGAGGAUAUAAAGAAGAGGAGAGAAGAAGCACGAAGACUUCUCAAGGAGUCUAUUGGAACGUUGGAGGACACCGACGCAUCUUUUGUGCUAAAGUAAGGGCGUGUGCUCAUGUUCGUUCUGCCACCGAUUGAAGCCUCUUGGAGAGUUGCAUCUCAAUACCUUCAUCAUGCUUCAUGUAUUAGAAAAAUUAUA